CUCUCGGGCUGUCGGUCUGUCGGCGCGGUCAAAGAGAUUGAGGGGCGAGCGAGAACUGAGAAGAGCGCCGGUCGGAGUGGAAGGAGGAGAGGAGGAGGCUGCAUUCCGUCAUGGUCGACAGCGCUGCCUGAGCGGAGCGAGUGAAUGUGCUGCUAGUCCAGUUCGGUUUCAGUUGUGCUCAGAGCGGCAUGCGAGUCGUGUGGUUGGUGUCGGUAUGCCUGUGGGGCCUAGCCCCGGCAUGGGCACACAAAUGUGAGCGAAUAUCUAUCCCCAUGUGCCAAGAACUCGGAUAUAACCUCACCGUAAUGCCGAAUUUCGUCGGUCACGAAGAUCAGUUGCAAGCCGAACGAGGGCUGCAGGCCUUCAUGCCCCUGGUGCACUACAACUGCUCUCGCCACCUCCGCUUCUUCCUCUGCUCUGUGUUUGCGCCGCUCUGCUCUGAGCACGUGAUCGGCGCCAUUCCUUCCUGCCGAGGCUUGUGCGAGGAGGUGGAGGCGGACUGCCACCCAGUCAUGGAGACCUUCAAUUUCCCUUGGCCGGCGCUUUUCAACUGUUCGCGCUUCCCCGUCCCCGAGCGCAACGGAUUGUGCAUGCAGUUCCCCAACGCGAGUGAAGAAAAGGUCCGAGCCGCAUCGUGGUUGGAGCCGGCGAAGGCGACGACUCAUCAGUGUCCACCAGAUUUCACGAGAGCCAGAGAGCCUACGAUGGUGACCUGCAGUCCUCGCUGUGGUAGAGACGCUUACUAUCGGACAGAAGACAAACUGUUCGCGGAGCGCUGGAUGACCGGCUGGGCUUGGCUGUGCUUCCUGUCCACUCUCUUCACGCUACUGACGUUCUGGGUGGAACCCGCUCGCUUCCGAUACCCGGAGCGCCCCGUGGUGUUUCUCGCACUUUGUUACAACGCCAUGUCCCUCGUGUACAUCAUUCGGGGCUCGGUGGGACCGGACACCUUCACGUGUGUCAAGGCUACGGAAGGGUACGACGAGUACGUAGCCGUUGACGGCCUGGAAAGCGCUCCCUGCACCGUGGUCUUCCUCGUCCUCUACUACUGCAGUCUCUCGGCCAGCGUGUGGUGGGUCGUGUUGGCGACGGCCUGGUACCUCUCAGCGGCCAAGAAGUGGAGCAGUGAGGCGGUCUUCGGAUUGGCGUCUUACUUCCAUCUGGCGGCCUGGGCGGGCCCCGCCGUACUCGCAGUUCUGGCCCUCACCCUGCACAGAGUCUCCGCUGACGAACUCACCGGGCUCUGCCAAGUGUCGGAGACCUCCUCCAUCAGUUUCCUCGUCAUCCCGCACGGAGUGAUGCUGGGUCUCGGCUGUAUCGUGGCGGGACUAGGGGCUGCCGCUCUGGUCACGGUGCGCUCGGAACUGCGCCAAGCCGGGGGCAGUACGGCGAAGCUGGAGCGCCUGAUGACUCGGCUGGCGGUGUUCACCGCGCUGUACGUCCUGCCCGCCCUCGCCGGGCUGGCCUGCCUGGUGUACGAGGCUUGGCACCGCCCCCGUUGGCGUACCCUCGCCCUACUCUCUGCCCUCGACUGUCACGCCGCCCCCGGCUGUCUCCCUGGACCCUCCUACCACUCCGCCGGGGUCGAGGUGGUGCUGCUCCGCGUCUUCCUCUCCCUCGUGGUCGGCAUCACCUCGGGAAUGUGGGUGUGGUCCGGGAAGACUUGUCGCUCUUGGAGUCGGCUCUUUACCGCCCCCAGAAAAACCAGGCCUGUCCCCAUCACAAGGGUUUAAUACUCGUUCAUUGUAAAUACAUGUAAAUAUUAUGUAAACUAUCGUUAAUGUAAAUGCCCUGUAAAUAGUGUUGAUAAUUUAUUUUGUUCUAAUGUAAUAUUUCAUAAUGUAGGUAGUCGUUUACACUAAUUGCAUUAAUUCCGACUAAUUUCUCCACAAUGUUUUCAAGCUUGUAUAGUUAAGGAAUAGAACAUAUUCACAGCUAACUACUUUUAAUGGAUCAAUUUAUUUCUUAAAUUAAGAUAUUUACUUCAUGUCUGCAAAACUAUCCAAAAACUACACAGUAUAAAUGGUACAUGAUUGGAAUUUCGCAUAACAUUUUCUUGUAUAAAAUCUGUUUAUGUUGACAACUGGUGUCUGAAGAAGGCUUUAUUAAACAAAUUUAUUUAUCCGUCUAAUAAAUUAAAAUUUAUGUUGAAAUAAACAGGAAAUCUCGUGAUACUAUUAAUUUUUGCUUUGUAUGCAAAUUUUAUAAAUUGUAAGCUAUGUAAAUUGAUAUUUUAAUAUUAAGGUUUACACGAAAUAAAACAACUGUACAUAUAUUUUUAAA